AUGGAUCCCUCAGCACGUGUCUAUUCCCGCUUCAAUCUGCGACUGUACGACCUUGUGGUCCUUGUUAUCUCCAACAAAUGGGCAUGGCGAUGCCCUACGAGCUCGACUCUCGUCCCGUUUUUCCACAAGGACUUGGGCGAGAGGGCCCAUCUAGACGUCGGUGUCGGUACGGGGUAUUAUACUGCGAAGUCCGCGCACAACUUGGCCAAGACAGAGAACGUCACGUUACUCGACCUCAAUGAGGCGACGUUGAGCACGGCGUCCUCUCGUCUGCGUCAGGCGGGAUACAGGGGGACCAUCGAUGAAAUCCACCACAACGUCUUCCAUCCCCUUCCCGACCAUCUUCACGGAAAGUUCGACUCCGUUUCCUUGUUCUACCUGCUUCACUGCCUUCCGGGAAGCAUGGUCGACAAAGGGCCGAAGGUUUUCGCUACUUUGGGAGUGGCACUCCGGCCUGAUGGAGUGUUGUAUGGCGCGACCAUACUGGGACGAGGCCCAGGGGUGGCGCACAACUGGCUGGGCAGGCGUUUGAUGGGUCUUUACAACAAGAAAGGCAUAUUCGGGAAUGCCGACGACGCCCUCGAUGACCUCAAGAAUGCUCUGGAGGGUCGGUUCGAAGAUGUUGAGGUGAAGCUCGUGGGGGUCGUAGCUCUAUUCGAAGCUCGGCGACCGAAGACAGGGUAG